UGGUUGCACUUGCUGACGGCAGCAAGCAGCGAGCAGCAGUCAGUCAGUUUCAGCGGGAACUUUCUUUGGCCAAGUCCUAUGACUGUCAUAGUACCGAGUAGUUCUAAGUAUCGGCAUAGCAAGAUCCACUCAACCCAUUGUGUUUGACGUCCAAAAGCCCGAUACCAGGUCUUCGUUUUCUCGAUGCUAGGUCUCGAGAUGAUGUAUACAGAGUACCAUUGUCACCACUUUUACAUCACUUCUCAGGAUCUUUCACCAUGUCAUCUCGCCUCAUCCCAUAUAUGUCAAGUCUUUACCCCCAGCCGCCCCAUCCCGCACUCUCCCCCAAGCACCUCGAUGGAGAAAUCGCGGAAUAACACUCGCGCACGACCCAUGGUUCGGAUAGCAGACGUUGUGGGCUGCGGCUGGCACCCAGUGCGGAUUAUCCCCCCAGGACGUCGAGUAGCGGGAUGAAUCGUGAGGGGGUAGAUGUCUACCUACCUUUCCACCUAUGUAGUUACUCGUACCUUAGCAUCCUUUGCCCUGU